CCUUUCGUUGUUGACGUUCUAGCGCCAGCUGUCAGCAGCAGCUAGCUAAACUUGUGGUUUUCCCUGCACGCCUUAUUUUGAUUCUAACGAUUUUUUUAAUUGUUUUUGCAGUGGUUGUAAUUUUUAGGACGCCUAUGUAAACCGAAUGUGACCGCACGGAGGUUCAAAUAUUUGUUUAUGUAUUUUUAGGGGCUUUUUUAUCGCGCCGAGGUCUCGAUUGGGAUAACUGUAGCCACGCUAGCUUGUUGUUAGCUGCAGCCAAAUCUGGUUCUGCUCUGCAUACGUCUCUCCUGUUUAGGGAGUCAUUGUUCACUGUCCGAGAGCUAAGUUACUAAAGGAGUGCAGUUACCAUGCAGUUAUUAAAUAUUUUACUACAUAUAUAUAAUGUCUUAACUAUUGGCUUAGCCGAAAAAUAAAUUGGUGUUAGAAGCCGAGCGACAGAAAACAUUUUAACCUCAUCAGAUUCGAAUGCCUUUUAUUUUACUUGACCUCUCUUGUGUAUCUUAAAUAUUAUAUUUGACUUUAUAAGUCGCGUUGUAAUCAGCUGUUGACGGGGGGCUUAGGUGUGUAUAAAUAAUCAAACAUGGAUAAGAAAUCUUUUGACAUCGUCUUGGAUGAGAUAAAAAAGUGCGUCUUAACAGAUCAGCGGGUCAGAGCUAUAGAGCAGGUGCAUGGGUAUUUCUCCAGUGAGCAGGUGAUGGAGAUCUUGAAGUACUUCUCAUGGGCAGAACCUCAGAUCAAAGCAGUAAAAGCACUUCAGCAUAAAAUGGUUGCAAUCCCUACAACCAAAGUUGCCAAUAUCCUGAACUGCUUCACCUUCUCAAAGGACAGACUUGUUGUCCUGGAAUUAAUAGCACUGAAUAUUUCAGAUGCUCAAAAUUAUCGCCCAGUGGAGGAUCUGUUCCGGAUACACUUGUCUGAGAAAAAGCGUGCUCGCAGGAUAUUGGACCAGGUUUAUAAGGUUGGCUGCAAGGCUCCUGUUGCCAUGAUCUCCUCCUGUGGAAUGAUUCCAGGAAAUCCAUACCCUAAAGGCAGACCCAGCCUGGUCACUGGCACUUUUCCUGGAAUCCCACCGGUUAAAAAAGACGGCGAGAAAAAAGAAGACGGCUCCAACAGUAUGGAGGGGAAAGGAAUUGCCUCCAGGAUUAUAGGACCAUUCAAACCUUUUCCCUCGACUUACAACCCUCAUCGACCUGUUCCCUACCCUAUCCCACCCUGCCGGCCUCAUGCCACCAUCGCUCCAAGUGCGUACAACAACGCAGGCCUUGUUUCUGUAGGAGGGGUCAUAACAGCCAACGUGCCCCCUCCCCCCUACCACUCUUCUCACAAAAUAGCAGGUUACAGCAAACCUGGGAAUCCACAGAACACCACACCCGGAGUCAACAGUGGGCCCCUUCUCAUUCCUCAUGGGUCCACUCCUUCUACCCCAGCCCCACCCCAGGCUUCACCUGCUCAGCCACCUCCCCCCACCACCCCCAUUACACCAGUUUUCCCAGGCAUGGUACCCUCCCACAACCUGAAUGCCCCCUCUCCUUCCCCAGCUCCAUCUCCGUCUGUGAUCAAAGCCGGACCGCAGACUCCCACUGGUCAUGUCACGCCUUCGCCGUCGUCUGUCAUUAAAGCCCACACCCCCUCAGGCACCCCCUGUGGAACCCCUGUCCCCGGCAGUGGGGGUGUUUCCUCUUCCCCUUUCCAUAGCCUUUCUCGCCCAGGCACCCCUGCUGCUUCACGUAGUGUCCAAGACUCCCAGUCACAGUCCAACUCCAUGGGCUCGGCUCAGCAAAGGGCUUAUUCCCAGUCCACAGACCAGCAGUCAGGACUCAGCUUCGCUGGCGUGCACCCACAAGGAGGUAACACACCUGGUUCAGUGAUCCGAAGUUACACCUCCUCACCUCUCACUCCUGGAUCUUCCAAUCCCGUUAUUCCAAACUGUUCCACCCCUGGACCCAGUCCGAAACCCUCCCCUGUCCACCCAGCCCAGGCUCAAGCUCAAGCUCAGGGCGUUGUGGCUGAAACCCUGAACAGGCAUUCUGGGGGUAGCAAUAGCGGCAGUAACAGCCCCAUACCCUCAGCGUUCAAGGGCACGUCUCGUUCUGGUACGCCGUCCAUCAGCCCUCUGGUGACACCAGCUUCGGCUCAGGCCGCCCUCGCACGCUCUUUGGGUCUGACACACCCCUCAGGUUCUCCUCAAGUGUCUCUCCCUAGUCCGGUUGCUAUCGCUGGCCACCAAGCAAUGUCUUCUAGCCCAGGUCCGACUCAUUUUCCAGGUCUGUCCCCUUUCUCGGCCCUGUCUUCUUCUCUUCCCUCUGCCACCAUCCCUUCAUCAGUGCCUCCCUCCACCAGCCAUCCACCAUCUUCUGUCUUCCAGGGCUUAGCCCCUGUUGCCGUCCCUACUGCAGCUUCACCAUUUGCUCUAGGCCUGACCUCUGCCCCCUCUAUAUUCUCAGGGCUUCCUCCUGUGCCUAACCCCACCACCUUUACUGGACUGGCUGUAUCAGGUGGGGCUGGCACCAGGAGCCCUGUGUUGCCUUCUUUCAUGGGACUAUCAGGAGCAGCUCCAUCCUCAGUUGCUUCUGUGGCCCCGCUGCAGGCAGCCGCAGUCGGGGUUCCCUCAUCAUCACCAGUAUUACCUGGAUUUGCAUCUGCUUUCAGCUCCAAUUUCCAGCCAGGUCUGACCGGCGGACUCCAGCCCCCUGGAGGUAGUGGAUUCCCCGGCCUGCUGUCCUUCCCCACUGUACCUGGCUUCUCCCCCUCCGCCUCCGCCGCCGCCCUCAGCGGCCUCCACAACCCAGCGAUGCCGUCGGCUCUGCUUCAGGCUCAUCCUACAUCUGCACUGGAGAACUUCCCUCCUCAAUCCAGCAGUUUCCCAAACUACCCGUCUGGCCCUGGAAACCCGUUCCCUCUCCAGCCAGGACUACACCCCCAGUUGGGCUGGCAGUGAAACGUGGAGCUAAACACGUUCAGACUUAGACACUGAACCCAGUGCUUUGCCCCGCCCUACCCUCUAAGGAGGUAAAAUGUCACUGGCCGUCAACCCUCAGGACUACAUCAUGAAAGCAGUUUCAUUUCUGUUCAUGUUACAGAAGGAGUGUCUAAAGAAACACUAGUCUGGAUUUGUAUGCUAUCCUUGUGAUAACUAGCAGGUAGAAGUUGUACAUCUCUGCCAUGAAGUUGUGCGGUUUAACAAAUAGAUUGUGAUUAGUUGCGACAAUAGCUUUGACUUGCCUGGUUUUAAUAAUGCGAACAUGAAUUAUGCAAAAUAUGAAAAAUUACUUAAAAACAUUGAUUACUGCAAUUAUCAUGAUGAACUGUUUUCUAUGAUUCAGCAGCAAAGAGAAUGGACUUAAGAACUCUGUCCUGAACCUGUUAUUACAAUGUGAACGUUCUACUGAUCUGUUGUUUAUGAAAUGGACUCACGUUUUAAGGUGUUCACACAGUCCUGUAAAUAUUUUCAGUUGUCAGAGGUGCUACUGGUCCAUCUUGAAAAUUGACUUUGGCAGCUUUGAUCAUGUUUUGGUGUUCUGAUGUAUUUCUCUGUGACUGUGACUAUUUUACUGUCCUUCACAUGUUUUGUUCUUACAAAGUUCGCCAAUCGGACACUCGCAAGACGGUUACUUUGGGGUUUGACCAGACAUGCAGUUACAUCCCAACAAUAGCAAUUACAAGCCGAUUUCAUGAAUUCAAUUGAAUUGGAUGUCCAAAUGAAAUACAAUAUUUACUUUUAUCUGACAACAGGACUUUGGCUCACGGAGCAACAGGCCAGGCCAUUUUCUCUGUAGCCCUAGUAAGAUGCUUCCAGCAUUGGUUCCUGGUUUAGUGUUAGCUGAACUAACACUAGCUGAAAUUAAUGUGAAAGUUGUAGCCCAUGACUUGGACUUUUCUGUCCUGCCACAUGCAGACAGAUAAACUUGCAAGGCUGGCAAGGAAGAGUUUCACUUCUUUAUUUUCUUUGAUGAAAUAAUUUCCCUUUUUGAUCAUAUUCUCAUUUAUUGAGAGGAACCUGUACUGUGUGUGGUCAAUCACACAAGGCUUAUCAAGGUAUUCAUGAAUUUUGAAUAUAGAUUUUUCUGUUUGGUUGUUUUCUUAAAAGAAUUUUAUAAAAGGAACAAUCUAUGUUUACUGAAUUGUCAUGCACUUCAACAACAUAUGCAGUUGGAGAACUCAACUGCCAUUGACAGAUUAUUUUUUUUAAGUGGUGAACAUUUAAUUUUGGAUUUGUCCCUUUUUUUGUUUGUUUCUCAUUUUUCCAGUGAUUUUCUAGUUUCUGUAGCUGUUUCUGUAUGUGAUGCAUUGAUUGUCUGACACCCUUUUAAUAAAAUUACCAUACCUGGAUGAAAUAUAAUAAA